GACAUCGUUGCACGAUGUGGUCUGCUUGCUGUAGUGAAAUCGAGCGCGAUGUUUUUAUGAAGUUAAAAGAGACAAUAAAAUGAAUUCAUACACGUUUAAAGAUGUUCCAAAACUAUUAAAGGUGAAAGCUAAAGCAAAAUCUAAAGGGGAAUUGAGAGAAAUAGCCAACUGCUGCAAUGUUCUGGGAGAGCUAUAUCAACAACAAGGAAAAUUUGAAGAUGCAAUCGCCGAACAUGAAGAAGAACGUAAAAUAUGCAAACAGUUGAAUGAUUGCAUUGGAAUUGGCAUUGCUCACCGGAAAGUUGGUGAAGCCUUGAAUGAACUUGGGCAAUAUGAAAAUGCCUUGAAACAUCAACAGAAAUAUCUUGUCUUGGCAAAGAGUGCUGACAAUAAGUUGGAAGUUCAGCGUGCUCUUGCCACUAUUGGUAGAACACAUUUUUGCCAUGCUGAAGCAUUGACUACAAAUAACAGAAUUCUUUAUGAUAAAGCGUUGGACAGCUCUAAGUGGUAUUACCAGAAGAGUUUAGAACUUUGUGAGAGGCUUAAAGAAGUUGUUUCAGAAAGAGACUAUAUGCAAAUGAAUUCCAGGUUACUUUUAAAUUUGGGGCUUGUUUGUGAUCUACAACAACAAGAUAGUGCUGCUGUUAAUUAUUUUAAAAAGGCCAGCUAUAUAGCUGAUAAAUAUAAUUUCAGAGAAGAUCUGCAUAGGUGUCAUUACUCUUUGGCAUUAUUUUAUCAAAGAAGAAAAAACUACAGCCAAGCUAAAAGGGAAGCAGAGAUGGCAGAGAAAGUUGCCUUCCAGCUUAAAGAUAAAUCAUUAAUCUGCGACGAUCUAGCAUUGAAAGCGCAACUGUUUGUCAUAAUGGCCGAUUUUGAAUCUGCGCGAAGGUAUUUACUUAAAGCUUACAAACAGAAAACUCCGGUCGUUCAAGAUCGUGAAAAAAUCGAAAGCGAUUUAAGAUCAGCUAUUAAGCUGUGUAAGUUACAGGAUAUGUGUUGUGCCCUUUCUUCAAAUGAUGAAGAAAAAUUAAUGGGACUGCAUGAAAAAAUGGGUGAUCUUUGCUCUUCACUCAAAGCUUAUUCCAGGGCUAUAGAUUUCUAUUUAAAAAUGUUGACGAAAGCCCAGGAGCUCCAGUGGACAGCCAAAGAAAUCAAUCCAAUCUAUGUCUCAUUGAGUCAAACGUAUAUGGAUGUGAAAGACUACAAAAGUGCCAUAAAAUACUAUAAAAAGGAAUUAGAACAUUACGAAAAUAACCCAGCCGAGUCAUGCCGCACGCUUCUCAAUAUAGCCAACGCUCUCGAAGAAGAUGGCGCAACUUAUUACGAACUGGAACCGCUGUACCAAGAAGCCCUCGAUUUUGCAGUGAAAGCUGAGAACCCACGUUUGAAAGCGAACACUUUGAAUUCACUGGCUGUACUGCACGAAAUGAAUGGAUACAUGGAAAAAUCUCAGGAAUCCACGGCGGCGGUCAACCAAAUCUGUUCGGAUUACAACAUCGAUCUCGACGACGAUUCGGAGACUCCAGGAUCUCAAUCCCGAAACGAUGGUUUCGAUUUGGAUGAUGAAAUUGAUUUAGACGAUGUCGUCGACGAAGAUAGCGACGAAGAGUCAGAUGUAUUGGAUAACAAUCGAGGCAGGAGAAAACCCAAAAAGAAUAUCGAGAAACUCAAUGUGAAAGGUGAAACAGCACUUCAUCGGGCUUGUAUUAAACAAGAUAUCGCAUUGGUCCGCCUAUUACUGCAACAGAAACACAAAGUUAAUGUCCGUGACAACUGUGGAUGGACUCCGCUUCACGAGGCCUGUAAUUAUGGAGAUGUGGAGAUAGUGCAAUUACUUAUCGACAAUGGAGCAACAGUAAAUGAUCGAGGCGGUAAACACUGUGAAGGUGUCACUCCUUUACACGAUGCCGCAUCUUGCGGUCACAUUGAAGUUAUGGAAGCUUUACUUCGGAAUGGUGCCAACCCACUGUCACAAACUGAUGUCGGAGAAUCAGUUUACGAAUGCCUAUUAAAAUGGAGACUGCGAACUGGGGGAGACUUAGAUUCUCAAACGCUCAAAGAUUGCCUUAGCAUGGAAAAGAAACUUUCAGAUUCGAUGAAGAAAGCGAAUCAGGUCAUCCCAUCGAUGAGAGAAGUCGAACACAAACAAUCAAGCACUUCAGCCCUUAUUCCAGAAGACGAAGUUGUUGAAAAUUCUUUCCAAAAUGAUGAUUUGUCGUUUAUUAAUCCUUCGGACGACGCCGAAAUAGAAGGUCCUGUAAAGAUAAGAGUAUCUAAGGAUAAACGCCUGGCAUCUUCUGCUGCUCAGCGAGAGUAUGCCCAAGCGAUGAAAGUGAUUGGAAGCUCCUCGUCUGCCCGUCGACCAACUGUUGCUGGUCCAACUAAAAGGAGCCGAUCACAUCAGCCUGCGCUGGUUUUAGAAGAGGAUCUAACAGAAGAAUGGAUUGAAAACGACCUUCCUUCUCCAACCAGGAAAUCGAGCAAGAAAUCCAACAUUUCUUUUCCGGUUCACAAACCAAGUUACCAAUCAGACAAGGAAAAAACACCAACAUCGUCACGGCCUAACAGGAAUACAUCAAGGCUAAGUUUUAGUAACCGAAGAAAACCAGACACCCCUUCAUCAACUUUCCAGGAGGACAUCAAUCUUAGCGAUGAUGAUUUCGCGGUCGAAGUGGUUCCGCCUUCUGCCAAACGAGCUAAACCUUCACCAAGUUUGAUUAUUAAUUCAAGCGAAGACAGCAAUGAUCGCGCUUCACCAAUAUUAUCCGUGUCGAAACGGGCGAAAAAGCCCGUUCAAUUAUCCAUGUAUGCCUUCACCGAGGUUAAUUCUCAUUCAGACAAUCACAUUCAGGCUCCUAAGAAAACAAUUAGUAAACCUAAUUCCUCUGCUCAACAGCAACUUCCACCACCAAGUGUCCUGAAAUUGUAUGUCCGGAUUCAAGACAAGGUAUUACUCAUCCCAGUAGAGCGCAGCAAAUCCGUCCAGUGGCUGUCGGAUGAGGCAGCCCGGAGGUACUACAACAUGACGGGCCUCAAUCCUGUUUUGUCGCUUCACACGACGGACGGCGCAGUAUUAAAUGGAGAAGACGAGGUCACCCUAAUUCUUCAAGACGGAGAUAAAUUAGUUGGAGAAAUGGUUAAAUGGGAUCUCCAACCCUUGCCAGAAAGAUAUGCCAACCUGUGUCGUCAACUUGAAAUUGCGCGAAUAGGGGAAGUUGACUCGUUGUUGACUAAUGCUCAUACGGGUGGGAAAUUAUCGCUAAGAUUACCUUUAGGAUCGCUCCUUCUUCCCGUCGUCAAAGCCCUGCGAUAUCAAGAGAGCUUGUGGGACUUGGAUCUUUCUUAUGCGAAAUUGGACGACCAUCUUUUUCAGAGUCUUUGUGAAGCCCUUUCAACGUUACCCCACUUGGUAAAUCUCGACCUCAAAGGGAAUUUGAUAACCGCUGCUGGUCUUACGCGCCUAGCAGAGAGUUUGCGAGCAGAAAAUAUCACAGGAUUAAAGAAACUACAAAGGCUCAAUUUGAGCUUCAAUCCAAUCGGAGACGGUGCUGCAUAUCCACUAACCAGCUGUUUUCAUCACAUGUCUGCUUUACGUUGUUUGCAAAUUGAAUCGUGCGAUUUGACGGAUCGGUUUCUGGAUGACCACGUUUCUCCUGUGUUAAAAAGGAGAAGACUUGAAGACCUCAGAAUCGGUUUCAACGAGUUCACCUAUUCUUCCGUCAAAUCUUGGAUGCACGUAUUAGAUUUUUCCUGUUUAAAAUAUCUUUCGUUACAAGGUCUAUCCAAUGAUAGACUAGUGAGCACUUUGUGUAGCAGCAUUCAAACCGCGGGAGUAUGUCAACUUAGCGAACUCGAAUUGUCCCAUUGUAACUUAACGGAUUCCUGCGUUGAAAAAUUAAUCCUUGCAUUUGAUUUUACUCCCGAUUUGAAGAAGAUCUCCAUCAAAAACAACAUCAGAUUAGGAAUAGAUUCAGUGGCUGAUUUGCUGACUUUUAGUCGGACAAAAUGUGUCCAUAUCAAAGAAUUAGAUUUCUUUGGAUGCGCUCUUACCCGAUCGGAUACAAAAGAUAAUGACAGAUGCGUUGAAUCUCUCAGAUCCUUUCUAGAAUGGUCCAAAAGUUUACAAAAGCUAAGUUUUUCAUUUAGUAGACAAAACAACGACCCUACUUGGAUCCCAUCGCUUUCCGAUGUUUGGAUAACGGGUCACGAUAAUGGGGGGAUCGUCAAACAACCUACAGAACACAAACUGAUUUUAACCACUCCAAAUUGUUCAUAGUACUGUAAAUAUGUUGGCAGCAAUCGAACAUUAUUCGAUCAAGUUGUCAAAUUUUAAUUGAAAAUAAAUUCGUUACAAUUCGAAUAAAACAGUUUCGUC